AUGGUUGUUUACGGCCCACAGCCUUUGACACGGCUUAAUACUGAGACUAGACAUGGGUUUGAAGAGCAGUAUUCAAGUGAGAAACUCUUGGAGGCGCAUGCUAGCAAUUUUAUAUUUUAUUACGAUGAUAAGAGGCAUCGAACCAAUGGGAAUCCAGUUCCUGAGGAAGUGAAGCAAGAGGAUAAGGAUGGAUAUUACCAGCCAAUUCCUGAUUGGAAAAUAGUUAAGGACAGGCAGAAGACAGUUGCAGCAGCAUUAUUACUAUGUUUGAAUUUGGGAGUGGAUCCUCCUGAUGUGACUAAGACUCAGCCAUGUGCAAGACUUGAAUCAUGGGUUGAUCCCCUUGCAUUUCAGGAUUCUAAGAAAGCUAUUGAACAAAUAGGAAAGAACUUACAGAGUCAAUACGAGACGCUAUCACUACGUACUCGUUAUAAACAGAGCUUAGAUCCCUGUGUGGAAGAUGUGAAACGCUUCUGUAAUUCAUUGAGAAGGGCUUCGAAAGACGAAAGAAUUCUGUUCCAUUAUAACGGUCAUGGUGUACCACAACCAACACCAUCUGGAGAAAUCUGGGUUUUCAACCGUGGAUAUACUCAGUAUAUCCCGGUUUCAUUAUAUGAUUUACAAACUUGGCUAGGAGCCCCUUGUAUAUAUGUCUGGGAUUGCAAUAGUGCUGGUAACAUUGUAUCCAACUUUAAAAAGUUUGUUCAAAAGAGAUUGAGAGACGAUAGAGAAGGCAAUCAUGAUAUGGCAUCACCUUCACCUACAGAAGCAUACACUGAAUGUGUGCAAUUAGCGUCAUGUGCAAACAACGAAUUAUUGCCCAUGAACCCUGAAUUACCCGCAGAUUUUUUCACCUGUUGUCUAACGAAUCCAAUAGAAAUAUCUGUUAAGGUGUUUCUAAUGCAAUCUCCUUUGAAAGACACCAAAUAUUCCGUGUUCUUCCAAGAUAACGAUCCUAGAAGAAAAGAGACGGGUGUGAAUGAAAUGCCUAACAUUACGAUACCGGGGAAAUUGUCUGAGCGUAGGACUCCCCUUGGUGAAUUGAAUUGGAUAUUUACUGCUAUUACAGAUACCAUUGCAUGGACAUCAUUACCAAGAGCACUAUUUAAGAAGCUAUUCAGACAUGACCUCAUGGUCGCGGCAUUAUUUCGUAACUUUUUACUCGCCAAAAGAAUAAUGCCUUGGUACAAUUGUCAUCCAGUAUCAGACCCAGAGUUACCAGACUCAAUUGCUGAUCAUCCAAUGUGGAGAUCGUGGGAUCUAGCAAUCGACGAAGUAUUGACCAAACUUCUGGAAAGUGCUCAUGCUAAUGCAAAGAAUUCAAACUUCCCUGAAUCACAGUUUAUAAGCCAACCAAACGAAGGCAAUGAAACCAAUGACGGGCUGCAAUCGAAAAAUACUAUUGGAAACCUGAGCUCCAUGUCAUUGGUAAACUUUAGUUCAACAGCACAUACCUCCAGCGGUAAUUCAGCCUCGCACCCGACUACCUCUCAACAACAACAGCAACAAUUUACGAAAUUUUUUGAGCAAAAUUUAACCGCAUUUGAUUUAUGGGUGAAAUAUGGGGCUAAUUCAAGACAUCCACCUGAGCAGCUCCCCAUAGUACUACAGGUUCUCUUAUCACAAGUCCAUCGUGUUAGGACUUUGGUACUGCUAUCUAGAUUUCUUGAUCUUGGACCAUGGGCUGUAUACCUAUCACUUUCAAUUGGGAUAUUCCCUUAUGUUUCCAAACUGCUACAAAGUCCUGCCCAUGAGUUGAAACCAAUUCUAGUGUUCAUUUGGGCUAGAAUUUUUUCUAUUGACUAUAAAAAUACCCAAACAGAACUUAUAAAGGAGCGUGGAUACCAAUACUUUGUAAAGAUGCUUGUACCUGAGUUUGGUGUCCCAAGAGGACAUAGUGUCAGUAGUGCUGGAAGUCCCUUGACUAUGAAUGUACCUGCAAGUUCUUCAACACAGAGGUACCAGAUGUAUCAACAGCAGCAGCAGCAGCAAGCAUAUAAUAACGCGACGUUAUUAUCUAACAAUAAUACUACAGAUGAACAAAAGGCAAUGGCAGCAUUUGUCCUAUCGUGCUUUGUUCGCGAUUUCCCCCUUGGUCAAAAACACUGUUUCAGCACUGAAUUAGUAAACAAGUUAUGCUUCUUUAUCGAAAAUUCUGAAGUUCCGUUAUUAAGACAGUGGUGUAUCAUUUUACUUGGUCAGUUAUACAUUCACAAUCCAUUGCAUAAGACAUUAUGCCUCGAAAAUGAAAAUAUGAAUACAAUCAUAGAGUCUUUAAAAGAUCCAAUUCCAGAGAUCAGAUGUGCUGCGUUAUUAGCAAUCAAGUACUUCCUUUCUGAAGAAGACGAUGUUAACAUUAUCUUGAAACUCCAACAAGAAUUUCAGCAACAAUUACAACAAUUCCAAGCGCAGCUGCAGCUUUUGCAAUCUCAACAAAACCAGCAGCAGCAGCAGCAACAGGGAAAUCAACAGAAUAGUACGCAUCACAUACAGCAACAAUACUAUCAAAUUCAGCAACAAUCCCAACAAGUCCAAACAUCAAUGAGUCAAUUGCAAAGUAUUAAUUUACGCAACCUCAAACAAUUUGAGAUUAAGACCAUUAUCACAACCCUUUCGCUAGUCAACGAUGGUAGUCCAAUGGUACGGAAGGAAUUGAUCAUCUUUUUAUCUCAAGUUGUAGAAAGGUAUAUCGAAUUUUUCACUGUAAUUGCUUUCACUGAAAUCAGCACAGAAAUAGUUGCGCUAGAAACGAAUGGCCAUGAAGACGACUCAAGAAAUCCUACUUCAGUUGGUCAUGGUUCCAUAUUCAAUACCGUGUGGAAAGCGUUAUUAAUUUCUUCUGAAGACCCAUUUGUCGAAAAUAGAGAACUUGCAGGAGAUGUAGUAGAUUACAUCCUCAUUAAGCUAAAUGAACACAGUAAGUUGGCUGAAAUGGUGAAAGAAAUGGAACAAUACAUUUUGAAGAGAAGCGUUGUUAACGUCAAAGGUUUCACCUCCCCAAAUAAAUUACCAGCAAUAAGAAGACCAGCAAGUUUGAGUAAUGGUAAACAUGACCAUUACCGAAACGAUACUGUCAGUGACAGGCGUGUAUUCUCUAUGAAUUCAAUUCUGAAGGCACUUGGAUUUGCUAAUGACCAAGAUUCAUACUCCGAUCAUGAGAGCACUAGUAGUGGGAAUGGAAAAAUGGCACAAGGUCUUUCUUUAAUGGGGAUCGAAUAUGGGACAAGUCCUAGGGCUUUCCCCGCAAUGUAUAGGAAGAGAGAUACACCCUUGACUUUACCGUUGGAAAGCUGUUUCCUCAACUAUUGUAGUGAAUACUUCCAAGAACCACAAAUGAAAAAACAGGAGGCAGAUGAACCUGGUAGCAUUGAAUUUACCGCUCGUGAAUGGAAAAGAAACAGAAAUGAGGCAAUCAUCCAAGAAACUCAGUCACAGAAAGAACUGGCACUAUAUGGUGACUGGUCACACAAGAUAGUGACUUUUGACAACAAGACGCAACCAAAGAUACUCUUAUUCACUCAAUUUGACAAUUAUAUUGCGGCAAGUGACGAUAGAGACAAUAUUACCAUAUAUGAUUGGUCUACUCAAGAAAAAUUAUCUCGAUUCUCUAAUGGCAAUCCAUUCGGUACGAAAAUCACCGACAUGAAGUUUUUAAAUGACGACGACACACCGUUGUUAUUGGCAGGCUCUUCAGACGGUAUUGUAAAUAUCUACAAAGAUUUCCAUGACACUGAAGAUCUAUUUAUGAUUUCUUCUUGGAGAGGAUUAACAGAUUUGCUAUUGACUCCUAGGUCUACAGGCCUAUUAACUGAAUGGCAACAGAGCAGAGGUUCAUUACUAGUCACUGGUGAUGUGAAAAUAAUUCGUAUCUGGGAUGCGCUUACGGAGUCUGUGGAAGUGGAUAUACCGGCGAAAUCAAGCUCUUUAAUCACAUCUUUAACUUCUGACCAGUUUUCUGGAAACAUUUUUGUUGCAGGUUACUCCGAUGGCUCUAUUCGGGUGUAUGACAGACGUAUGGAUCCCAGAGAUUCAAUGAUCAGGCUUUGGAAAACGCCAAAAAGUGAUAACAGUCCUGUUGGGUCAUGGGUGAACAAUAUCCACCUUCAAAGAGGUGGUUACCGUGAACUAGUCAGCGGCACAAACAAUGGGGUUGUUGCCCUAUGGGACAUCAGAGCUGAUAAACCUGUUUGCACGUUCACUGAUGAAGGUGAACCAGGGAAGAAGCUAGGCAGUACCAUGACAAGUAUGCAAGUACACGAACACGCUUCAAUUAUAGCAACUGGGACGAAAGAAAUCAAAUUAUGGACAACAUCUGGAGAUUUGUUACGCACCUUUAAGAAUCACGGUUCCUCUCAUUCAGGACCAAUUAGUGGGAUGACUACUGGUGCAAGAUCAUCGCCUUUCAUUUCCACUAUGGCAUUCCAUCCACACCGGAUGAUGUUAACGGCAAAUAAUUCUCAUGAUACAACAUUCAAUAUUUAUGAAUGCCUUGAUAAUAGAAGAGACUAUAUGUACUACUAG